ACAACAUCUCCCAAGUACAAGCUAGUCUCCUGGCCAGGCUACUAGUACUACUACUACUCCCAUAUUCGAUCGUAAUUGACCAGACUAAUAUGGAGUUCGCGACCGUAUUUUGCUUCAUCAUUUCUCUCAUCCUUUCUCUCCACUGUCUCCUAAAAUUCCUCUCCUCCGGCAGCCGCCAUAAACUCCCUCUCCCGCCGGGAUCCAUGGGCUGGCCGUACAUCGGCGAAACCUUCCAACUCUACUCUCAAAACCCUAACGUAUUCUUUGCCUCAAAAGUCAGAAAGUACGGUUCAAUACUCAAGACCCACAUACUGGGUUGUCCUUGUGUGAUGAUAUCGAGCCCGGAGGCCGUGAAACACGUUCUUGUCACCAGAGCUGACCUCUUCAAGCCGACAUUUCCCGCGAGCAAAGAGAGAAUGUUGGGAAAACAAGCCAUUUUCUUUCACCAAGGAGAUUACCAUGCUAAAUUGAGGAGAAUGGUUCUCAGAGCAUUCAUGCCCGAAUCGAUCAAGAACAUUGUCUCCGACAUCGAAUCGAUAGCGGUUGGAUCUCUUGAAUCAUGGAAGGGCCAGCUGGUCAAUACUUUCCAAGAAAUGAAGACGUACGCAUUCAAUGUUGCAUUACUAUCCAUAUGGGGAAAGGAUGGAGUUCCCUACAAAGAAGAGCUCAAGAGCUGCUACUACAUUCUUGAAAAAGGAUACAAUUCGAUGCCAAUUAAUCUUCCAGGAACUCUCUUCUGUAAAUCCAUGAAAGCGAGGAAGGACCUAGCUCAUAUUUUGGCAAAAAUCCUCUCAAUUAGGAGGGACAUGAAGGACAACCACACCGAUUUGCUCGGAUCUUUCAUGGGAGACGAAGCAGGCCUCACCGACAAACAAAUAGUCGAUAAUGUCAUCGGUGUCAUUUUUGCGGCUCGUGACACCACUGCUAGCGUGCUGACGUGGAUCGUGAAGUACCUGGCAGAGAACCCCAGUGUCCUACAAUUAGUCACGGAAGAACAAGAGGCCAUAAGAAGAGGAAAAUGUGGGGAAGAGGUCUUGACUUGGGCCGAUACCAAGAACAUGCCAAUAACAUCAAGAGUAAUUCAAGAGACACUAAGAAUUGCUUCAGUUUUGUCAUUUACCUUUCGAGAAGCUGUUGAAGAUGUUGAAUUUGAAGGAUAUAUGAUCCCAAAAGGUUGGAAAGUUUUACCCCUAUUCAGAAAUAUCCAUCAUAGUCCAGAUAAUUUCUCAGAGCCUGAAAAAUUUGAUCCCUCACGAUUUGAGGUAUCACCUAAACCCAAUACAUUCCUGCCAUUUGGCAAUGGGACCCACUCAUGUCCAGGGAAUGAAUUGGCCAAGCUGGAGAUUUUGGUACUUCUGCAUCACAUGACCACAAAGUACAGGUGGUCUAUGGUGGGCCCACACACUGGAAUUCAGUAUGGCCCCUUUGCUCUUCCCCAGAAUGGUUUUCCCAUCAGGCUCUCUCUCAAAUAGAGGACAGAAAUCCAAGACACCGAAGUGUAAUACGCAAACUGCAUACAAAAAUGAUACUCACACAAUAAUUC